ACCACGACCGUCAUUCCACGUUAUACCACAGACAGGUAUACCUUGAAUUCGAAAACAGUAAGGAACCGUCGCGUGUAAAUUAGUAUUUGACUGAUGAACAUGCGUAGACAGCGAUAACGCUGUAGAACACGUAUUCCUUCGCACGCGGCUUCAGAAUCUACGACAAGCAGUCGUGGAUCCGCGCGAUCAAUUGACGGUGAAUCAAAAUGAAAUAGUUCACGACCCGUUGCUUCCGAAGGUAACAUGGAAAAAGUGGAAAGAAAUGGACUGAACGAUAAGGAACACAAAGACACGAAGAAGAGUAAGUUGUGCGCUUAUAUUUUCUGGCUGUUCGGCGGACUCGUCGGAGCGCAUCAUGUGUACCUCGGCAGGGACGAUCAGGCUUUCGUGUACAUCACGACAUUCGGCGGUUACGUGGGCUGCGGCUAUCUCAGGGACAUUUACAUGAUACCUGCGUACGUGGCCGAUGCAAAUGACGAUCCGGCGUUCGUCGAGAAAUUUAAGCGAAAAGUCAGGGCCAACGGAAAGCCGCCGUUUUCCGCGGUGCGAUUCGCGGCGGAAACCGCGGUCGCCUACUUAUGGGCCGAGCUGUUCAACAGCGCGAUCCCGCAGGAAGAGAUAUACGGUAUUAAUUUCAGGCACCUUCUGCUUCUAAUACCGGUCGUGGUUGCACUAGGUGUAUGGAUGGUCGGGAACAUCGGGAGAGAACAGGGUUCAAUAUGGAUAGCGCUUGUCGCAGCGUAUUUAUGUUAUCCGACCUUGUAUUACAUCGGCGACGACACCAUGUGGAUCUUUCUCAUGGUGGUUGUCUCGAGCCUGGCCUUCGACACCUUCAGCAAGCAAUGGCGGCUGAAACCGAGAAAGAAGAGGAGCUUCGUUCGAAGAAUGGCGUAUUUGAGCUUAGGGGUCAUGGUUUUCCUCGCCGUGAUCAGCAGCUACCUGUACUUCAACGCAGUUAUCACGGAUAGCGAGGGCGAGGAGAUUAAGUUAUCGGAGGCGGUGCAGCACUUCCUCACCUCGCCUAUCUGGACGGAAUUCAAGGCGAGUCUGGAGGCCACGUGGCACCAGACGAAGCACCAAGGUUUUUGGGCAACGUGGGCACAGCUAGUGGACCUUACGGAUCCUCGAGGCGAGAUAAACGCCUACAAGGUUCUAGGCCUCUCGCAAACCGCUUCCCAGAACGAAGUCACAGCGCGAUGGAGAACUCUGUCCAGGGACAAUCAUCCCGACAAGAUUAAAGGUUCGGAGGAGGAAAGGCACGCUGCUCAGGAAAAGUUCAUGGAGAUUCAGCAGGCGUACGAGAUCCUGUCCCAGGCCAAGAAUCGCCGGAAACGACGGAAUCGCCGUUCCGAUGACUGAGCCGUGCGUGCUUUGACUCGAGGGGGUCAAUAAAGAACAACGGGACAAACCGACGAAAGAAUCUCCAAAUGUACGCCGAUCUCCGUAUUCUCAACCGUCCAUAAUCAAAAUGACACGUGGUUGAUUAAUAAGACAUUUAUUUAAACAAUCA